GGCUGGCGCUGUUGUCGUGGAUACAGUCCCCUGCCUGGUGUCCGCCAUGUUGUGUUGUUAUCGUCUUCCUGUUGUUUGUCGUGACAGUCGGCAUCGCUACGUGGAGCUGAGUAUUGCGACUGGAGGACACAGGAAGAGGUUGUGUAGGCCAUGGUGGCUGAGGGAGCCCGUCUGCUACAGCGACUACAGAUGCCGCCUGGAGGGAGGACACGCGCUGCCCCACUGCGCCCCCUGUCGUCGCCAUCAGGUCGUCAGACGAGACGCACGUGCACUGCUCCAAGCUCCGCCGCUACCAAGUCGUCGCCCCUGUGGUGGUGGCGCUGCUGGCGUUGUUGUUGCUUGUGACGUCAUGCUGUACCCGCAGCAAGGCAGCCCGUGUCCCCGUGUCAACAGGUCGGACACCCGGAGAACUGGCCACCCGCCAGACCAAAGUCUGACCUGCUGAGGUACCGACACACACGGCGCCAGAUGCCCAAUGUCUGAUUAUUGGAGCCCGCAAGGCAGGCACCCGAGCUCUGCUGUCCUUCAUCGACCUGCACCCACAGGUGCAGUCAGCUACCCGGGAGGUCCAUUUCUUCGAUCGCAACUACGACAAGGGAGUAGUCUGGUACCGGCGCCACAUGCCCUUCACCUUCAAAGACCAGAUAACAGUGGAGAAGUCGCCAAAUUAUUUUGUGGAUCCUGUCGUCCCCGAGCGCGUGUACAAGCUGAACACUUCCAUGAAACUCUUGUUGAUCCUUCGCGAUCCAGUCAGGCGAACCAUCUCCGACUACCUUCAGAUCAUGGACAACAGGAUCAAGCGGCGCAAAGUAGUCAUCCCCUUCGAGACGCUGGUGCUGAACCAGGAGACGCUGGAGAUCAACCAGUCCUACUCCGCCGUCAAGCGCUCUGUGUACGUGCGCCACCUGGCCCGCUGGAUGCAGUUCUUCCCCCUGCAGCAAAUCCACAUAGUGGAUGGUGAGAACCUGGUGCUGCAGCCCUGGCAAGAGAUGGCGAAGGUGGAGGACUUCCUGGGACUCGAACACCAGAUCACUGAAGACAAGUUCACCUAUAAACCCGAGCAUGGCUUCUACUGUUACACCCUGGGUGAGCGUGAGCAGUGCCUGGCCGAAAGCAAAGGUCGGAAACACCCGGUAAUCGACUCCUUUGUCCUCAAGAAGCUCAAAGACUUCUUCCGCAACUUCAAUGAGAAGUUAUUCAUGCGAAUCGGUCGUCGGUUUGAUUGGAACUGACCGUUUUACUUACCCCCUCCUUAGUCAGGUAAAUGCAGGGGUCAGCAAGGUCAGCGAGUAAAAGCAACAUGAAUGACGUGGCUCAAGUUUUAAUUCAAUGUUGUCAAGGUUGACUGACUUCCUGCCGACUUCGCUCUCUGCACAAAGGAGGAAAAGAGUGUGCUUGCUUCUUCUUUCUUUCCACGAAAAUGGCUGCUUUGCAACACCAGGAGCGUUAGAAGUUUCAAGUGAUUGUGAGCAGGCAUGGCGAGAAGACACCGAGAUGCUGUGGUUGGCAGGGAACGAGUAAAGGGAGACAACAUCGGAAAGCAGCAUCCUGGAGUUAGUGCGCAUGAUCUGUGACGUGGCGCCCUUGGCAACAGCUCGUUGUCACCAGACGCCUUCGCGAGGAGUGAGUGAACGACAAAUGUCACACGGGUUCUCCAGACAACAUCAGCUUUAAAAUAUUGUUGAUGGGGGAUGAGACACCGAGUGAUGCAUGUGAGGGUCUGUGACAUUUGAUGCUGGAGACAGUUGUUGACAGUUGUUGUCAGGGUACAUCGCACAAAGAUGCACGUGACCCGAGUUAACCUUGAUGAACUGAUGCGAAUACUUCCUCGUGUCUACCCGCGAAAGAUUACGGAUGACUAAUGUCGAUGUCGUCUGCGAGGUGUGCGCUAGUACCCGCAAUGGCAGUGUGUCAGUACACUUGGCACUGUGGUGUGUGUACAUGUAUAUAAUAUAUAUAAUAAGGGCUGACCUGAGGGGCAGGCACCUUACUGGAGCCCGCGCUUGUGAUUAAUGUGAUGACUAGUCUCCAAGUUAGUCCCUGUCACUCGAGUCCUUGAUGGUUAAGAACGAGCCUGCAUGCGAUACUAUUUGUUUCAAGUAUUAAGAAGCUGUCUACACCUUAUACCUGAGAGAAAUUGGCGGCUCCCCCAACACGAUGUACACAAGUAGAAUAUUCUUACAGGAUUUUGUUGUCAAUAAAUAGAAGUAUAACUAUCGUCUAGAGAAUACAGAAUAGAGAAUACGCCCGAGCACCAUGUCUACAUGCAGUGUAGGGGCAUCAAUGCACAGACAGCAUGUGGUCUGGAAGACGAAGGGACACAACUCCACUCCAGCUUGCCAUGCGCCUGCGAGCUUUCAGGAGUUAGGUCCCUUUGCCGUCGUCACAUCGCCUGAGGUCCUGAGAUGAUGUCGUCGCCUGCUGACAUCUUCCACAGAGUGGAGACUGUGAAUGAUGGCGUUGUUGACAGUGAAACAUCGUGUUUUGAGUCACAGACACCUCAGACCAGUGAAAGAUUCCCCAGAUUAUGAGGGGAAACCCGACAAAGUUUGUUUUCAUGAUUUUGCCAAAAGAUUCCCCAGACUGAGGGGAAACUCGCCCCACACAGUGACUCGCUGAUUGUGGCUUUGCUGACAACUGCAGACAAAGAUAAGCGCGGGGGCUCUGUACAACUGGCUGACAUUUGUUGGUGGUGACUUUAAAAUUCAAUAUUUCAUCAAAACGAUGUAACGCAUCUUCCUCUCAUAACAUUGUAAAUUUUGUUUAAACUCCAUCAGUAUUAUAAUUUAUGACCUAUGAACAUCAGUCUUAACUUUCCAUGGUCUAAACAUUUGCUCGUAAUAAGUAAUGUGUAACCUCAAAACCUCGUCUAGAGUUGUUGUGGUCAAUUUUUGUUUUUCGUGAGUUCUGUGGUUUCUCUCACAUUUCCUGUCAUUUUGAACAUACAGUCUACAUACUGUGGUUACCUGCAGUGUAGCUUCUCACAAACAUGGUGUGGCCUGUAGACAUGACAGUCUUCAGUAGUGGAGCUUCAACUCAACCUGCUGGUAACAGCAACGAUAGCAACAACAUAAUUGCAACUAUGACAGUAACUACAACUGUUUUCUGCCGACCUUAGUUCUGCUACUGUGACUGUUGUGUGACUACUUCUGUGGUGUGACAGUUGCUGUGACUGUGACUGUGACUGUUGCUGUGACUACUGCUGUCAUUGUUUGCUGUGAUUGUUGCUGUUUUUUUCAGAUCACUUUGGUCUGAUUGCUGAUUACGAUGAUCACGAUUUCUAAGAAUUCUGCGACAUUGAACUGCUGUCUGGUCAUCGUUGUCUUCAUCUGCCUUAUUUACACGGGGAAAUGUUGUGAGGCCUGAAAGUUAAGAAGAAAAAUUAAGAAAACAAAUACAGUGAUACCUCGGUUCUCGAACGCCUUGACUUUCGACCAAAUCGGUAUUCGACCAGGAAAUUCGAGAAAAUUUGUCUUGGAA